AUGCCGAACCUAGAUGACCUGCUCGUCCACAUCGGAGAUUUCGGACCAUACCAAAGGAGAAUCACUGUCCUCGGAUCUCUGCCGGUACUGACCUUCGCGUUCGUCCUCGUAGGAGUCGUGUUCUUGGGGAACACCCCAGUGCACUGGUGCCGGACCUCCGGGACAGAGCGCAUCCAGGAUGAAUGUGAAUGGACGGACAAGGAGCUGCGUGAACUCACCGUCCCGCUGUUGGAUGAGUCAGGGCAGGGCGCGUCGGGCGCCUACAGCCGCUGCCAGAGGUUCGAUGUGGACUGGAAGUUCUGGAACGGCAGCCAGAGCAACUGCAGUGACCUCAACGACUGGCCCUUGAUUUCUAAUCUCACCAAGUUACCGGUAGUCGCGUGCGACAGCGGCUGGGUGUUUGAUCCGUCUCGCACUACUAUCGUUUCAGAGUUUUCCUUAGUGUGUGAGGAUUCAUGGCUAGCAGAUUUCAGUCAGGUGUCCCUGGCUGGAGGGUUCUUCAUCGGUGCUUUUGUCAUUGGAUACUUGGCAGACAGGUUUGGCAGGAAGCCCUGUUUCAUCCUGUCUAUGUUUGGCCUGGGGGUGUCAGGGAUAGCUGUGAUGCUGUCACCCUUUUACCCCCUGCUGCUGCUCUUCAGAGUUCUGCAGGGCUUCUGUUGCAAGGGAGCAUGGACAGUCAGCUAUGUAUUUAUCAUUGAGUUCUUUGGAUCAAACAACCGGAAGUUUGUCUCAUUGGUGUCCCGUAGUUUUUAUUCUACUGGGAUGACCAUCCUACCUCUCUUGGCAUACUUCCUGCCCUCCUGGAAAACCCUGCAGCUGGCCAUGAGUCUCCCCUGCUUCAUCUUCAUCACUUACUUUUGGCUCAUUCCAGAAUCUCCUCGCUGGUUGUUGUCACAAAGAAGAACCAAAGAGGCUAUGAGGAUCGCUGAAAACAUUGCCAAGUGUAAUAAGAGAACUGUCCCUGAGAAUUUCGAAGAGUUUGAUCUUCUGGAGGAGAAGCAGGAGCAGGAGGCAGAGAUAAGUCAUCCGUCGUUCAUGGAUCUGUUUAGGAUGCCCAACAUGAGAAGAAACACCCUGAUCCUCAUCUACGCCUGGUUCACAAGCGCAGUUGUUUUCCAAGGGCUGGUUCUCCGCCUGGGUAUCACUGGAGACAAUAUCUUCCGCGAUUUCUUCAUCUCUGCAGCCGUGGAGCUGCCCACCGGCCUCAUCUUCUACCUGUUGGUGGACAGGGUGGGACGGAGACCUCUCAUGGCUGUGUCUAACUUCAUAGGAGGAGUCGCCUGCCUCAUAGUGCCCUUCGUCUCAGUAGACUAUCUGUGGCUAAAGAAAGCCAUAGCGAUCAUUGGGAGGCUUUCUGUCACCAUUGGAUUCGAGACUGUCAAUUUUGCCAACUCUGAGCUGUAUCCAACACCUCUCAGAAACCUGGGCGUGUCUGUGUGCUCGUCAGCCAGUGACAUAGGAGCUAUAGCUGCCCCUUUCUUGCUCUACAGACUGGCCAGUAUCUGGCAGGAACUGCCCCUCUUCCUCUAUGGUGUCAUGUCAAUGUUGUACAGUGGACUGGUCAUGCUAUUACCGGAGAUGAGAGGCAUCGAUUUCCCUGAGACCAUAGAAGACGUGGAGAACUUAAAUGGGAGGAGAUACAGAUAGGCCUCAAAAGGAAAAGACGGCAACAGAAAUAACUAGACUAUUUAACAUAUUUCAUAUAUUUUGGUGAAUUUCACACAGAAAUACACACAAAUGUAAACACGUACUGCUAUCUGUUACUCAGCGAGUCUUGGGAGGAAGAAAAGUGACAUGUAAAGUAGAAUGGCGUAAAAGAGAGAGGAGCAAAAAUUAAAAACGUUUAUUUGUCUUUCAAACACUUUGUUUAUAACAUCAUCAAAUAAAAGGUUUCAUACCAUAACGAUUGUUUGUUUAAUGAA